AAAAUUUUAAAUUCAAAUUUUUACACAAAAUAAGAGGAUGAAAAAAGAUUUAGAAAAUGAAAAAUAAUUAUUUCCUUUUGUAUUGAAGGGAAAGAUGAAGAAGAAAAUAAUUGAAGAAGCCAAAAAGAUAAAUACAAUUACCGUCCUCGCAAGAAUGGAUCGAUAUGAAAAAAGAGAAACUGUGCGAUCGGACGCCCACGGCACUGAACGAGGGCCAAAAAGAAUCAAGAAUGCUGUAUCCAAAUUUCUUGGCCAACGAGGUCCGAUCGGCACUCUAACAGACUCACCAUGCGACCAAGCCAUCGUCCGGUGCCGCCCAGCCCUUCCUCCAGACGGUGAUGACAUGAACCGCAACGGGAAAAGAAAGGAAGCGGAGAUAAAGUUUUUGGAAAUCGAUCGAGGAGGAGACGAGAGGAAACGCAUUUUGCGAUAUAAAGGCUAAAUUACAUUUACACCCUUCCUAAACUUUAAACCUUCGGAUUCGAACCUGGCCCAUAGGCAUCAUAGUUCCAAACCCUCCAAUCAAAGCUCAACACUCCUACCUUCCUUUCUUUCCCCAAACAAAGGAUUAAGCAGAAUUUAGAUUCAUUUCUUGAAGCUUGUUAAUUUGCUUUCUCCUUUUUCCGCUCUUCUAUCUGAGAGUUCACACAUACCCUUUUUCCUUUCUUCUCUUUUCUUUGUUGCUCAUUCCUCAGGGAAAAUGAAGAAAUAACAGAUCUUUUUCUUCUUUUGCUUCCUGCUUUCCUGUUCAGUUCAGAGUUUUUUUCCCAAUUUGGUGUCUGAAUUUCAGCCUUUGUGGUUUUCCUCUCCAGUCUAUUGCUCAGUCUGUCAGAUUCUUGUACUUUCCUAAUUGGGUACGGAGGAAUUGAACCU